CUCCGCCUUGUUAAAUCUCCCUGCUUUCAACUCUAGUCUGCACAAAGGGAGGAGGAUCAUCACUAUCUGCUACCCUCUCAGUCCUGGUUACAACGUUGUGUGCCCCUCUCUUCUCUGGGUGCCCUUUCUCCCUCUCUCUUUAAACCAGCCCCACCUCUUCCCCCCUCCCCCCCGGUUCUGCCUGGUACUGACGGCAUGUUUUAUGAAUGAACAUUGGACCUCGGCAGAAGCUCAGGGCUUUCAAGUCACCCCCGGGAAGCUGCUGGCAGAGGAACGGGCACGAUAUUUUUGAACAGGAACAAAAGGGGGAGAGAGAAAGAAACUUGAGCUGGUGCUUAGCUUGUUACCUGGCUGUGUGUGUGUGUGAAACCUGACUGAAGGAGUGCCUGCAAGGAUUCUGAAGCUGAUGACCUUCUAGAGAAGACCUGUUUAAUCCAGUCACCAUCUUGAGCCUUUCUUGGUCAGGCAUUACAUUGGACAGCUGUGUCGCUGGGAUUCCCCAAAUUGGAACAAUUACAAGAUGUCAUGGCGGCCUCAGUUUCGCACGUCAAAAUUCCGUCAUGUGUACGGCAAGGCAGCCACAAAGGAGAAUUGCUAUGAUGGGGUCCCCAUCACUAAGAGUGUUCAAGACAACUAUUUCUGUUCUGUGAAUCCAAAAUUCAUUGCGGUAGUGACUGAGUGUGCAGGAGGUGGAGCUUUCUACAUCAUUCCCAUUGGCCAGACAGGGAAAGUAGACCCACUUCAGCCAAAAGUCUGUGGUCACAGAGGAAAUGUACUGGACAUCAAAUGGAAUCCAUUUGACGAUUACAUCAUUGCUUCUAGCUCUGAAGAUAGCACAGUUAAAAUAUGGGAAAUUCCUAAAUAUGGAGUCUUAAAAAACAUAACCAACCCGAAGAUGGAGCUUCAGGGUCACGCAAGGCGAGUUGGACUCAUUGAGUGGCAUCCAACAGCCAGGGAUAUUCUGUUCAGUGCUGGCUAUGAUUACAGGGUUAUGAUUUGGAACCUGAAUUCGGCAGAGCAAGUGAUUCAUAAUCCAGUGAAAAUCUUCGACUGCCACAAAGAAGUUGUUCUCUGCAUGUCUUUCAACACAGAUGGCAGUCGCUUAGUGACUUCCUGCAAAGAUAAGAAAAUACGAAUCAUUGAUAGUCACACAGGAAAGGUUUUACAGGAAUCCAACUCCAAGUCCCACAAGACCAACAAAGUUCUGUACCUCGGCAAUUUGAAGAUGGUGAUGUCCACUGGCUAUUCCAAAUGGAAUAAUCGACAAAUUACCCUCUGGGAUGAGGAUGACCUAUCUGUGCCUUUACGGGAGGAGGAUCUGGAUGGGUCCCUGGGAGUGCUUUUUCCAUUCUAUGACCCUGACACAUACAUGCUGUACUUGGCAGGAAAGGGUGAAGGAAAUAUCAGAUAUUAUGAAUUGAGCUCUGAGAAACCUUACCUACAUUUCUUGAUGGAUUUUCGGUCAACAUUUCCUCAAAAAGGAAUGGGUGUAAUGCCAAAGAGGGGCUUGGAUGUCUCGAUCUGUGAAGUCUUCAGGUUCUACAAAUUAGUGACAAUCAAGAGCCUUAUUGAGCCCAUCUCAAUGAUUGUACCUCGACGGUCUGAAUCAUACCAGGAUGAUAUCUAUCCAAUGACAGCCGGAGCACAGCCAGCAAUGACUGCACAAGAAUGGCUCAGUGGAACCAAUAAAGAUCCUAUAUUUGUCUCUUUAAAGCCUGGUUUUAACACCCCACAGUCUUCCCCUCUGAAAACGGGAAGUGAGCAGUGGGACCCAUCUAGACACACCAAAAAAGAACAAGUGACAACGAAUACAUUUCCGGACAUUCAAGAACAAAGGAAUGCAGAGAAAGUACAAGAUCAGAGGAAGGGUUUCAUCACAAAUGGUUAUGAUCUGUCACAGUGUCCAGUUCCUAAAACAGAGAAUGAGCUUCUGCAGAUGUUUUACCGACAACAAGAAGAGAUUCGAAGGCUACGUGAGCUGUUGGGGCAAAAGGAAAUUCGAGUGAAACAGCUGGAGCUGGAAAUUAAGAAUAUCCGCUUCACCCCCAUCAGUUACUGAAGAGGAAAUGUCGAGUUGUUUUGGUGGAUGGGGAGGGGAAAGGGUGUGGAAGGGAAAGAACAGUGUAAAUGCAGCUAGCCGAUAUAGCAAAGCUACCCUGAGAACUUGAAAUAAUUAUAUUUUUAUUGAAAAGAUUAAUUUUUAAAACUGUACUUGUACAGGGUGCACAUUUUUGUUUUUUAUUUAUCUCUUUAUAUGAUGGUGUAUAUACACUAAUUUUUUUUAAAAGCAUACAGUGGCUUGAAAUAACCUAUACUUCUGAGCUUGUCAACUGUAACAUGUCUGAUUUACUCCAGUGGCUAGGGGUUGGUUAGCUCAGUUGGCUGGAUGGCUGGUCUGCAAAGCUGAGUGACGCGAGCAGUGUGGGUUCAAUUCCUGCAACAGUUGAGGUUACCAUGACACUCCUUCUCAACCUCUCCCCUUGCCUGAGGUGUGGUGACUACCCUUAGAAACCACCACCAGUUGUCUCCUUGUAAUGAAAGAGCAACCCUAAGGUCCGGUACAACGACGGUGAUUUUAUCUUUUUACUCCGGUGGUUACUGUAGCUUUUUUUGUGUGGACUAAAGAUGCAUUUCCUUUUCAUGGUCACCACCAGAUACUGAUUCGCACAUCUGGUGGGGCUACUGUAAGGAGAGGAAAUGCACCAAAUAGCCAGAAUGAUGUAAAAGAUUGUGUUGGAUUAAGCAAACAGAUUACUGCCAUGGAAAUUAGUCAGCUUUUUAUAGAAAUAUAUACAUAAAAAUGAUUUGCUAUAUUGUUUUUUAAAAAAAAAUCAAGAGUUAUAUUAACUCGGAAGAUUAACUUGGCAGUUUUUAGGCUGAAACAUUGUGCAUAGCAUAUCUGUCCGUCCUCGUAUUCAUUUAUUCAUAAUUUUAACUGAUUUUGCUUUUGUUUUCGCUUUGUUUGUGUCACUAGUGUUUCACUAUGGAGUCUGUUCUGUCACGCUGUUCUGUGUGGCUGCCAGAGACGUGCACAAUUUUAGAAGGUGCAAAGUUUAUUUAAAACAAACGUGCUGGAAAUUGUGAACAUACCUCAGUCCUCCUUAUGUUCAAGAUUACUUCACUUCAAUUAAGGAAACUAUGAAUAAAGCAAGUUUUUUAAGGAAAGAAAAAAGUUUCAAAAUCCCUUUUCACCCACUUCAAAGGCUUUUGGGGAAGGUUGCAAGGGACUUUGUCAAACCUAUCUUUCCAAUGAGAUACAAUGAAGUUUGAGCAGUGCUGAUCCAGAACUGUCUUCCAACUAAUGCAUAAUACUGUUGAUACUGGAAAACUUGACAUUAAAGCAGAAAAUACUGGAAAAGACUCAGCAGGUCUGGCAGCAUCUGUAAAAAGAGAAAGAGUUAAAUUUUCAGGACUUUUGUGACCUUUUCACUGUGUGCUAUCAAAAAAUCUCAUUCAAAAAUUUCAAAUUAUUCCAUUUUGUUUCAUUUUAUGUUCUCUUUGCAUGGGUUAUUUGAAACAUAAUUGAAACAGAGUUUUGCUAAUUAUUUGCUACAAAGUUUUGUACACAAUGAAAUUGUUAUGCAUCUUUUUCAAAA